AUGGGUUGGUUCAGCGGAAACAGUGAGCAGGCUCAGUUCUCCGAGCAGUUCUCCAACUUCGAUGGCUCCGAGCAGCACAAGGCCAAGCUCAGCCACGAGGUCAUCGGUGGCGCUGCUGCCUACGAGGCCAUGAAGGCCUACGAGGAGCACCAGGCCAAGAACGGCAAGCCCGCCAGCCACGCCGAGGCCAAGGAGAUCCUCGCCGGUCUCGCCGGUGCCUUCAUCGACCGCGAGUUCGAGACCAAGGGUCUGGACUUCAUCGACAAGGAGCGCGCCAAGCACCACGCCAAGCAGCAGCUCGAGGAGGCCUCCGCCGCCGACUUCUAAGCGUUUGAUUGAUUAAGCGAUGGAUUCGAGGGCACCUAUCACUGUUAUGAUGUAUGGUAGCGUGUUUGACAUGAUCUAGAAUAUACCACAUGAACAAACAAAGAACCAAACACCACGUCUUCCUGCGGUAGUUGUAGAGACACUCUAUCAUUGUAUCCUGGCGUCCGUGUUCGACUUCGUACGGCAUUGUACUAGAGUAGAAGGCCAACCACUCGGUGUCUGGCAUCCGUGUCCCUUGCAGCAAAAUAAGCAAUGGAGAAAU